CCCCGUUAGCUCAGUUAGCUCAGUUAGCUUGUUUUCAGCCUCUCGGGUGAGGAUGGGGGAGGCCGACGUGACGCUGAAUCAGACCGAUGAGAAGCCUCCGGACUCGGGCUUGGUCCCCGGGGAGGACUCGGUGGUGUGGAGCCACGAGGUGGAGGUGUGUCUGUUCCACGCGAUGAUCGGACACAAACCCGUCGGAGUAAAUCGUCACUUCCACAUGAUCUGCAUCAGAGAUAAGUUCAGUCAGAACAUCGGACGGCAGGUUUCCUCCUCCGUCAUCUGGGAUCACCUGGGAACCAUGUACGACAUGCAGGCGCUGCACGAGUCGGAGAUCUUGCCGUUUCCAAACACAGAGAAGAGCUUCUCUCUGCCCGAUGACAUCAUCCAGGAGGUGAAAGAAGGGAAGCUGGGCUCCGAGGAGGAGACCAAAGAGGAGUUCAGGAUGGAGAGAGAGCCUCCUGCUACACAUGAAGAAGGCAGUAACUCCUCGGUGAAGAUGUCGGAGCGGUCUAGCAGCAGUCGGGACAAAGACAGAGAGCGAGACAAGGAGAAGGGAGGGAGUGACGGAGGAGCGGCGGGAGGAGGAGGAGCGAAGGAGGCGGAGAAAAGGAAGAGGAGCCGGGCGGCCGAGAAACUGCUGUCGUCUUCCAACCCGGCGAGUCCGGGAGGAGCCAAGAGGAGACGCACCUGAGAGCUGGACAGAGAGACAGAGACAGGGUGGAGGAGAGAGAGAGGAGGCGGUACAAAGUAGAAAUCUUCCGUCACGGGAAUCAAACCUGCGAGCUGUGAGUCACACGACCGUCCGCUGUCUGACCGCCGCGCUGCAGACAGGAAACAGUCGGAUGAAGAGGAGGGGACGCUUCGUGUUUCGUUGUGUGUCUUCGUCUCGUGAUGUCCGACCGCAGCGGCGGCAAAACUUCUUUAUCUUAAUUUCAAUUUUUGAGUUCUGCAGCAGAACCGGACAUAUCGCCUUUUUUAUUCCAUGCGUUCGUCUUCUUCUUUUGUAAAUACAUGCCGCCUACAUUACCCACAAUGCAACUCAACCGCCAGUAGUUUGCUCAGAAACUUUUGGUAGCAGCUGAGGAGCCUGCAGGCUGCAGAGGUCAUCACGUUUUUACCUCCAUUUAUUUACUUUUCAAAGCCGUUGUCUUCCUCUGACGCCGACUCAAGUGACAUCACUCGAGGACGUCUGUCAUUCGUGGCACGGCUCCCCGCGGAGACGCCGAAGGCUUCAUGCGUCUUUAAAAACGUGCAGCAGAGCUCCCCGACACCGGGACGCACACCGAGAGGGAAAAUCAGUGAAAUGGUCCUUUAAGAGCAGAUUUCACCUUUCAGGCUCACUGUAAAAAAAAAUGAAAAUAAAUAAACUUUAUUCCUUUUAAAUAAUGUGAAAAAACUGUUGAAAAAUCUUAAAACGUGUUCUUAAAUACGGUAAUUAAAAUUACACGUAAGAAUUUGUUUUAUAUAAUGUGGAAAACUUGGUUGGAACUAAUGAAGUUGUUCGGGUUAUCAGCUUAAAAACUUUAAUAUUUAUUGACCAUAUUUAUGAACAUACAUUUUAAAGUAAUUAAUCAUAAAAAUAAAGUUGGUCCAACAUUAUUUAAAAGGAAUUACACUCUUUAACAGGAAGUGUUAUGUACUGUUACUUUAACCAUGAACACAUUCUUUUUUAAGUUAGUCAACUAAUUUUUCCACAUUAUUAAAACAAGUUUUUGAGUAAAAUAAUAAUUACCAUAAUCCCGAAUAUGGUUGAUUCCUCAUAAAAUUAUGUGAUUGCAACUAGUUUUUCACAUUAUUUUAAAUGAAGUUUAUUAAAGAUGCUGAUGUCUGGGUUGCCUUAAAUUUGGAGAUUCACUGAAUUAAAAAAAAAAGGUUUAAACUUGUAUUUUCAAAUUCAGUAAACUUAAAAAUGUGACUGCGGCCAGAAGACUAACUUUUAAAGUUUAAAACAGAAAAAUCUGUAUUUUCAUUUAGAUUCUCGUUAAAACGCUACAACACAGCAUCCGUUAGAGAGCAGCGCUUACUGUGUUAAAGGUCCAAAUUCAACAGGAUGGACCAUCGGGCGCCGCGUCUCUUUAACGGGAACCAAACCUCGAUUUUCGGUUGGAUCGCCGCAUUAACCCUUUGAAACCCGGAUGGCAUCGGUUCUCUGUGCUGCGUUCAGACGCCUUCACAGGCAAGAAACUGGUCAAAUGUGGAAGGAAAAUAAAAAUCUGAAAGUUUGUUUUUCAAAGUAAAGACAGAUUUAUAAUUUUCUUUUUUAAAUAGGGAAA